AUGGGUCAGUCCCCCUCUUCCCAACGCUCUCAUGGUGGUGAUUUGGCCUCCAGCUUUGAGAAGUUUUUUAAGGACUUCAAGAUGGAAAGCAAAAUCAUCUCUCAGGAAGCCAUCAAUUCAAUUCAAUCAAGCCUGAAAGCAGGGGACCUUCAGAGUGCGGGUUCUGUCAUCAACAAUGCAUUGAGAGAUAUCAAUAAUGCCCCACUGAGCAUUGCUGUGACUGGGGAGUCUGGGACAGGGAAGUCCAGCUUCAUCAAUGCCAUACGGGGUUUGCGGGGUGAAGACAAAGGGGCUGCCGCUACUGGGCCGGUAGAGACAACCAUGGAGAGAACGAAAUAUGAACACCCAAAACUUCCCAAUGUGACAUUAUGGGACCUGCCUGGCAUAGGGACCACUAAUUUUCUGCCUCAUGAGUAUCUGGAGAAAAUGAAAUUUAGGGAGUAUGACUUCUUUAUCAUCAUCUCCGCUACCCGCUUCAAAGGCCUUGAUGCACAACUGUCUUUAGCAAUUGAAAAAAUGAAGAAGAAUUUCUACUUUGUUCGAGCUAAAAUAGACAGUGAGUUAUAUAACGAAAAAAAGAGUAAACCCAACAUAUUUAACGAACAAGAAAUCCUGGAAAGGAUCCGCAAUGACUGUAUGAAUCAGCUUAAAAAGGCCAACGUGAGUGAUCCUGAGGUCUUCUUAAUCUCCAACUUUGACUUGGCUGACUAUGAUUUCCCAAGGCUGGAGAGAACUCUUCUGAGGGAGCUCCCAGAGCAUAAGCGCCACAUCUUUAUGCAACAUCUGCCGAAUAUUACUGAGGCCACCAUUGACAGAAAGAAGGAGUCCCUGAGACAGAAGGUCUGGCUGGAGGCCAUGAAGGCUGGAGCAUCGGCCUUUGUCCCUAUGAUGGGUUACAUCAGUGGUAAUGAUAUGGAGACUUUAAAGGACACUUUAACCCUCUACAGGGUUUUUUUUGGGCUGGAUGACUCAUCCCUGAAAAUCAUGGCCAAGGACUUGGACAUAUCGAUGGAGAAACUCAAGGAAAACCUUAAUUUUCCCCAUUUGCUAUCAGUUGAGAAGAAUCAGGAAUCCUUAGGAGAAAAACUGCAGAGAUACGUGAAAAAUUUCUCCUUUGUUUGUGGAGGACCCAUUGCCACUGGUAUUUACUUUAACAAGAUUUUCUACCUUCAAAAUUUUGUCCUUGAGACUGUAGCAAAUGAUGCAAAAGUUCUUCUUAAAAAGCAGAUUUCUAAGGACUUUGAGGACUCUGGGCAAGCCUGUUUACCUCAGGAUGUUGGGAAUGAAAAUGGGAAAAGUAAGACAGCCAGCUCCUGA